AUGGCAAACGUAGCGCAACUCCAAGUCUGGGUUCUUCAUUCUCAAGGUCGGCGAGGAAACAUCCAAGACGGCGGCAAGCUGAUCACCAUUGUCACUGCUCUCCUCGCAGCCUUUACCGGCCUUUAUACCUCAUACGCCGGAUCCAAGGCUCCCGUCGAGCACUUCACCCGCGGCGUCGCAAAGGAGCUGCAGCGUCGCGGAAUCGGCGUCAACGCCGUUGCCCCCGGGCCCCUGGAUACGCCAUUCUUUUAUCCACAAGAGUCAAGCUCUCGAGCAUGA